AGCUCUUUUGUUUUAUUAAAGAUGGCGCAUCGCAGUUGUAAACAAAUAUUCGGCAUCAGUUGAUAAUAUUUUUAAUAAAUAAAAAUGGUUAUGAUUUGUAAUAAGCUCAAUGAAUUUAAAAGAUGUUUCCUUCAUCUGGUUAUUUUCGUGGAGUAAAUUGUCCAUUCUAUAUCAGUGGUCUUUGUGAACGCCCCUACUGUCAUUUUCGUCAUCCAUCACGAAUCGAGGACAAGACUUCAACCAGUAACAGCUCCUUAGUAAACAAGCCAGAAAAUGGACCCAGCUACUCAACACCUGGUGCCAGGCAGUACAAUCACAGCACAGCCUACCUUACAAGCUCCUACUCCAGCACGCCUCAGCCUUCAGAACUGGCCCGCUACUCUACAUCAGCUCCUAGUCAACCCACUGGACCUGUUGAAGUUUAUAAAACAGCAUCACAGCCAAAUAACGAAGCUUUCCCUAUACCAACUUUUACAGGAUCAGAGCAGGCAUUACCAGAGUCAUUGGAGGAACCUGUUGCUAGGGCAUUGCUCCCAAAGAUCUCUGGUCUUGCCAGGCCAAAGCUGAGCUCAGGAGGAAGGUUACCUUCAUAUGUCCCCACACCUAAGGUUCAUUUAGCAGUGAAAAAAGAUGUGCCUGCUUAUGAACCAACACCUAAAACUGCCUCAGCCAAAAUCUCUAGUCGCACUAUUGAGUAUGACCCUGUAAAAAACUUUGCGUUUGUCGAAAAAAAGAUUAGCAGUGAGGAUGAUUCAGAUAAGGAGGCAAAAGCAGGAAAAACAAAAGAAGUCUCUGAAAAGGAGAGUGCAGAUGCAGAAUUUAGUGAUGAUGAGGCGGAUAAAACUAACAAAGUUGUUACAAAGUCUAAAAAUGCUUGGGAUGAUGAUGAUCUGACAGAUUCAGAUGUAGAUUUAAGUAACAACGAUUCCUCAAAACCUGAACAAAUUGAGGAUAGGCUAACAGCUUUACUUUUACCAUCGUCACACAUCACAAGAAAGUUAGACUCUUUAGACAAAGAUGUUUCUAAAAGCCUAAAAAACGGUAUUAGAAAAUCAUCAGAUGAAAAGAGAAAUUCUGACAGUAGAUCUCAAAGCUUAUCAAAGCCAAGUGUAGAAAAGAAUGGCAGCACUGUAGAACAUUCAUCGAAGUCUAAUUCCUCUAAAUCAUGUUCAGCCAAAUCAGACUCAACAAAACAUCGGCAUCCGUCAUCAAGCUCAUCGACAGCAGAAAGACGAGCAUCUCGGUCAUACUCUUCUGAAUCUCAUUCUUCAAAGUCAUCCACAUCACAUUCGUCACCUAAGGGGCAUUCUUCAAAGAACAUCUCAUCUAGUUCUCACUCAUCAAAGUCACAUCCCUCAAAGCAAAGUUCCUCAACAAAAUCUGUUUCAACUUCAAAGUCGUCCACAAAAUCUACAUCCUCCUCAGAAAGUCACAAAUCUCACAAUUCUUCAUCAGCUGUUAAGAAAUCAGCAUCUUCUUCGUCAUCGUCUUCAGAUAAAAGUAAAGUUUCAUCAUCGAAAGAAAGCUCUUCCAAACACAAUGAAAAUAGUAGGAAUUCAGAGAAAGAGAAUCAUCAAUCUUCUAAACAUAAACCUUCCAGCCAAUCAAAAUCCGACCAAUCUUUAGACAAAUCUAAUUCAUCGACCAAUAAAUCAUUAAACUCAACACAGAAACACUCAGACAAACACAAGAUAAUUAAAAUUGAGCCCAGCUCAUCUAGUGAUUCCCUAACCACCAAUCCAGACAAUCAACAUGAUACAAAAACAAAUAAAGACGUACGGAGUAGUUCCUCUUCUAAUAAUAAAAAACAAAAUAGCUCUCAAAAUAAGACAAAACAUGAGGGUAAGAAUAUUUUCCAUAGUGUAAAUAAAGAUCUCAAAAGAAUUUCAUCCACCUCUGAAACUAAAGUUGAUAUUAAAAAAGAACGUCGUGACAGCAAAGAUCUGAAACAUUCUAAGCGCAGUAGAUCCAGCUCGGGUGAGUCAAAACCUGCAAAAAAACGAAUAAAAACCGAGACUUCCUCUCGUUCGUUCAGCCAGGAGAGUGAAGGAUCAGAUUCUGAUGUACAGAUAAUAGAUAACCCACCAGAACCUCCCGUCCAAGUAGUUGAGGUCAGUGAAUCUGACCACGAUGAUAAUCACAAUGAUGAUGAUUCUGACGAUGACUCAUUUUCUGGACUUACGGAUGACCUGAUGUCUGAAGCCGACACCUUUGAUGAGUGCUUGAAGAUUUUUCAGGAGAGUGAAAAACAGCUGGCAGCCAAGGCCAGUAAAGCUAGCCCUGAUCAGUCAAAAAAGAAAGAGGUUAAAAAGCCAACAGAAAAUCCAGAAACCAUGUUGGCUUUUCUUGGUAAGAAGAGGAUGGCUCAUAUUGCCGCUAAUCAGUCAAGGGUAGUGAAAACCCCAUCUUCUUCCAGGCCUAAGCUCAACCCAGCAGAAGUGAUGCACAACCGAAUUGUGGAAAUGCAGAAAAGGGCACUGUUACGGGCUGCUGCAAGAGAAGGAAGGGAAUCGGAACUUCCAAAUGGUUUAUCAAGCCCUACAAGUGGAAAUAAAUCUCCCACAAAAUCUUCAUCGUCCUUAUCAUCUCUGCUGUCAGCAGCUGAUUCCAUCAUUUCCAUCUCUAAGAAAAGAGAAGCACACAACCCCACCCCACCAAAGACUCCAACGAAAUCAUCCCCAACUAUUCCAACGAGUUCAUUUUACGCUAAACCCAAGACAAAAGAGCAGACAAAGUCAACUGGAAACUCAGUUACCAUAGCUGGAACGGCCUCAAAAACUGAGAAGCGUAAAGCACAUGAACCAACAAUGUCGAAUUUGAAGCGUCCUAUCAUCCCUGCAUCAUUUGGUGACAAGGUCCCUACAAAUAUCAGACAGAGAUAUCUUAACCUCAUGAUUGAUGAAUUCCUUAAGUUUACUCCAGAAGAAGAAGCUUUCAACAAGGGUCUUGAUGAAGAAUUGGCUGUUUACAUCCGAGCCAGCAACAAAAACAUUUAUCUCAGACUUGCCGUGAACGCCAUUAAAAGGAUCCGCACAGAGGCUAAGGAAUCCCAGCCCUCAUCCUCCAAGAGCCCCUGCGCAGGUGUGUCAUCCCUCUCAUCCAUGGCAGCGCUCCCAUCACACGUGGCCCAGUCCCACGAGGCCACCCUGGGUGGUUCAUUGGCCGCCAGGACCAGUUACACCCUUCAUAGGUCGUCCUCUGUCACGAAGAACUUGCCUUCAAGUUUCAGAGGUAAAGAUUUGUAUGACAGACUAAGCAAGUAUAUUCUGACAGAGGAACAGCUACGUGCCAAUGGCUACCCACGCCCAGCUGAAGAUGGCAGCAGUAAAGUUGUCUUUUAUAAAGAGGAAACUAAAGAUAAUCUUUUGAAAGAAAAUGAAAGAACAUGCAGACGUUGUGGUAAAAGAUACUAUGUAGCAGUGGAUGGCACCCCGGCUACAGUAGAAAAAUGUAUAUAUCACCAUGGAAACGCUUACAAGAAGAAAGUGGCAGGUUCUAUAGAUUCACGCUAUGCUUGCUGUAAUGAAAGAGCAGGAAGCAAGGGUUGUCAAGUUGCCGAGAGCCAUGUGAAUGAAAGAAAUAAAACAGACAACCUGACUGGCUACAUGAAAACACUGCCUGGCGAUGACCAUAAAAUAUAUUCUCUUGAUUGUGAGAUGGUUUAUACAAAAGCUGGAUUAGAGUUAGCGAGAGUUACAGUUAUUGAUGAGGACUGUAACACAGUGUAUGAGAGCCUGGUCAGACCAGACACAGACAUCAUUGACUACAACACAAGGUUCAGUGGUAUCACAGCAGCCGACAUGAAAGGUGUAGCGACCAACCUGCGUGGUGUCCAGGCAGUUAUGUUGAGCAUGAUAUCAGAUAAAACUAUCCUCAUGGGCCACAGUCUGGAGAGUGAUCUUGUAGCCCUUAAGCUUAUACACAGUACAGUUGUAGACACAUCGCUGGUCUUCCCACAUCGGCUUGGUCUACCCUACAAGAGAGCACUGAGGAAUCUAAUGGUGGAGCUGCUGCAAAAAAUUAUCCAGGCAGAUGAUGGAGGUCAUGACAGUAAAGAAGAUGCUGUGGCCUGCAUGCAGCUGAUGCUUUACAAAGUUAAAGAGGAUGCUAAAAGAGAUAUCAGGAGGGUUUGAUCACUGUAGGACUGUACGCUAUUACAUUUAAAGGUUUGGUAAUUAUUUAUCUACAAUUGUAUUAUUGAUGUGUUGAACGAACGGCAAUAGCAAGAGUUAGGUUACAUGUACUUAAUUUAAUAAAUUUUAAGCAUCAUAUGUUGUUUGAUUUUUUUUUAAAUUAUAAAAAUGUAAGUGGCUAAUUUAAAAAUUAUUUGUUGACAUUACUGAUUUAUUUAAUAUUGAAUCUUUUUAUAUAAUAGUAAAUUUUUGCUUAAAGACAACUAUUUAUUUAUUGCAACUGCAGGCGAAUUUGUAAAAAUAAUAGGAUUUUUUUAUUUUUAUCAUUAAUGUUCCAGGAUUAGAAAUGGUCUUCAUCAUAAACAUAGAAUAUAAAUAAUGUGAUUUUGUUCUUUAUCUGCUUAUUCAUUAAUUAAUGUUCAUUACUUUAUUUUUGUAUAAUCAUUAAAAGCAAUCCAUUUAUUACUUUUAAAGUUUUUAAAAAUAUUGUUAAAAAAAAUGUAACACUUCAUAUUGUAUAUAUUAGAGCACAAUUUAAUGCCUUAAGUGUUUAGUGGUUCAAAUAGAAAUCAUAUGAUAUAUUUAUAUGGUAUUUCAGUUGCAUUGUUUAAAAACUCAGAUUUGUUUUGUAAAAUAUUUGGCAGUUAUAAGUUGAGGUUUUGCUUUAAUUGCUUUAACCAAGUGAUGUCAUAACAUUGUCACAUGUCUUUGAUUGCUGACAAUAUAUGGUAUUAUUGCUUUUGUAAUUUAUAGCAUUUUUUUUCUCUUUAUUGGGGUAGUUUGGCAAGAUGUUCUUUUAAAAGAAAAAUUAUGUGAGUUUCCUCUAAAUUUUAAUUCUGUUCUUUAUUUUUUAUUAAAACAAAUAAUCUCUCUCUAUUUAAUAUUUUUGGCCUGUUUUACCAUUUGAAAAAAAAAAACAACUGCCGUAACAUUUUUAAAAUACAUCUUAAUUAUUAUGUAAUAUGUUAUAUAAAAUUUUUUCUUGAAUUAUGUGUUCUGAGAAUAGAUGUAUUAUCUACAUGAAUUACGUUUUUAUGGUAAUCAUAUGUAUAAAACAUUUAUUUCUAAGAUAAACUUUUCGCAAUCCAGUACAGUUAAAUAUGAUAUAAAAAUAAAUCAUCAUGAUGUUGAAAAUCCAACGUUAAAAAUACUAUGAAAUUAUGAAGUGAUAAUUUUCUAAUAUGCCGCCAUUCAGUUUGAUGUAGUCUGUACAUAGACUAAUUUGUUUUGCCCUUUUUGUAAUAAUUUUUUUUAAAAUUAUUUUUAAAAAAAAAUGGCAAAUUUUAUGAAAGCUAAUUAAUGAAAACAUCUAAGUUGAUAUUCUAAGUGUUGAUCAUUAGAUUUUCUGUUAGAGUUGUUUAAUUUGAAACGUAAACUGCUGCUUUUUUGUUAUUUAGAAAAAUGUAUAAAAUCUGCAAUUUUCUCAGUACAGUUGCAAACAAAAAAUUAAUUUACUUAUUGUUGUUUUUUUUCAGUAUAUCUGCACAUUUUUUAAGCAAAUCAGGAAUUUGAAUUUUUUUUUGGGAGAUACCUAAUGAUAACCUUGUGUUAAAUAACAUGCCAGUAUUAUCUUUUACUUUGUUAAUCACUUCUGUGAAAAUUGUUUUUGCAUAAAAUUAACAUUUUGCUUGUAUUUUUUAAUUUUAAUUUACUAUAAUGCCCAAUGUGGAAGUGUUCAAUGUUAUACUUAAGCCAGUGAUUUGAGUUCCUGCUGAUGAUAGUGUAUUGGAUGCUUCGUUGAGAUUCGAUACAUAAAUAAAAUAGUGCUAAAACAGAAGAUGUGAAAAAAAACUAAAAAUAUUUUUCAUUUUAUUUGUAUAAAUUUCUGUUUUGAUAUUGCUGAUGGAAAUCAGAGUAUUAACAUUUGUAUUUCUUAUGUUUUAUUUUAACUUCGUGGGGUUUGAAUUUGAGGAAAAAUUCUAUUAAUAAUUAGUAUGAUAAAUAAUGUAGAACAGCAGUUCUUUCAGAAUA